CGGCGAUAAGAAGAUGCAAAAGGCGCUGAUGUCGAUGCGUGGCUUACAUAAGCCAGACAGCGCUUAGCAUCGCGAGAACAAUUUGAAGCUCAAGGAGCGUCGAAGUCAAUCCGAUGCACGACUGUUCUUUCUCGACUUAUUUGUUUUCUUCUUUGAAUAAAGGGAUUUAGUGCUCUUUUAGGUCCUCUGAAACAAGCAAACCUCAGGACAUUCAUUUACGAGGCGUUGUGUGAUCCGAGUCCCAGUGAGACUCGACCGUCAAAAUGGUGAACAUUACAGACAAAAUUAAGGAGAUUGAAGAUGAGAUGCGCAGGACGCAAAAAAACAAGGCCACAGAAUACCAUCUGGGUCUGCUCAAAGGAAAACUCGCUAGACUAAGGGCCCAGCUCCUGGAGCCCACGCCCGGCGCAGGUAGCGGCGGCGGCGCAGGUUUUGAUGUCAGCAAAAGCGGCGAUGCCCGUGUCGCACUCGUCGGUUUUCCCUCUGUCGGAAAGUCCACGUUCUUGUCCAAAAUCACCAAAACCAAGAGUGAGGCCGCCUCAUAUGCCUUCACCACCCUCACGGCUAUUCCCGGUGUCCUGGAGUACGGGGGCGCCGAGAUUCAGAUUCUGGAUCUUCCUGGAAUCAUUGAGGGUGCCUCUGAGGGCAAGGGGCGCGGAAGACAGGUUAUUUCUGCCGCCAAGACUAGUGACUUGAUCAUGAUGGUUCUGGAUGCUACGAAGCGUGCUGAACAGCGUGCGCUUCUGGAGGCAGAACUGGAUGCUGUUGGCAUCAGGCUCAAUAAGGAGCCACCGAACAUCUACUUGAAACAAAAGAAAGCAGGAGGAAUGAAGAUCACAUUCCAAGCACCCCCGAAAAACCUGGAUGAAAGGAUGAUUUCCAACGUGCUCCGGGACUACAAGAUGCUGAAUUGCGAAGUCUUGGUUCGCGAUGAAAAUGCAACGAUUGAUGAUGUUAUCGACGUGAUUAUGAAGGACCAUAGGAAGUACAUUAGAUGCUUAUACGUGUACAACAAAAUCGACAGCGUAAGCCUGGAAUUCCUGGACCAGCUAGCCCGCGAACCCCACACUGCUGUGAUGAGCUGUGAACUCGACCUUGGCGUCCAGGAGGUGGUGGAUCGGAUCUGGAAAGAACUGAGACUUAUCCGGAUAUACACCAAACGAAAGGGUGAAGAGCCCGAUUUCAGUGAGGCUUUGAUCGUACGCAGCAACUCCACGAUCGAGGAUGUCUGUGACCAGAUCCACAGGACAUUGAAGGAGACGUUCAAAUACGCAUUGGUCUGGGGCGUCAGUGCCAGACAUAUUCCUCAGCGUGUGGGAUUGGGGCAUGUUGUGGCCGAUGAGGAUGUGGUUUCGAUAGUUGCUAAAUGAGUCAGUUCUGAAUAUGAAAGGGCACGUAGAUUGGAUUCAAAUACAUUCUGAUUCUUAUUAGCGUUACUGUUCCAAGUAAAAAUAACAUCAAAGCUGCCA